UUCGAAUGUAUAGAUAAACAAGGUCGUCGCCCUUUCCUUACUCUCCAGAGCCCGUCUUUCAAGAGCAUCUACGAACACAAUACAACUGGCAACCUGACGAUUCACUUCCAACUUCACAAUGCUUUCUAAUUCCAGAUGGCGUGAUGUCACGCCGUACCUACUGUACUGCACCUUCUUCUUCGCUUGGGGAGACAUGCUCUUCGGACUAGACACUGGAUCCUUUGCAUCCAUCCAAUCUCUUCCGUCGUUUCUGUCCGAGUUUGGGGACCGAACGCCCAAAGGAACCUAUGCCCUACCGACUUCUCGGAAAUCGAUCAUGAAUUCCAUCGUGUUUUCGGGGAAGCUUCUUGGAACAAUGUCUUUUGAGCCCAUGGUGGAGAGGAUUGGGUAUAAAUGGACCAUCUAUGUUGUCUGCGCAAUGCAAUCUGUUGCCGUCAUCAUCCAAAUGACUUCCCACGAAUGGGUCCAAUUCACCAUUGGACGCAUUAUCGCAUACUGUGGUGUUGGACUCGUGGAAAACGCCGUCCCAUCGUAUCAAGCCGAGAUCGCGCCAGCCUCUCUUCGAGGAUUCAUUUCUGGCAGCCUCAUUUGCCUUGCGACUCUGGGAGCUAUGUGGGGUGCAGGAAUGGGCCAAGCCAUGUCUGGAUACACCACACGGGCAGGGUGGCUUAUUCCAGUUGGUGUUCAGCUCAUCCCGGCCGUCAUUCUCCUGCUAAGUGUUCCUUUCACAGUCGAAUCACCGCGUUGGCUUGUCCUCCACAAUAAGAAAGAACGGGCCUUGCAAAAUCUGAACCGGCUUCGGCCCAAGAACAUGGUGGAGAACGGAGCGACAGCCGCCGAGAUCGAUGCCAUCGACUAUGCCAUCGAGUCCAGUCAUGCCGAAAAGCAGGGGUCCUGGCUUGAUCUAUUCCGCGGCACAUACCUGAGGCGGACAAUCAUAUGCUCGCUCCUUUUUUGGUUCCAUGAAAGCACCGGUCAGCAAUUCGUCAACUCGUACGGUCCAACGUUCUUUAAACAGAUCGGCCUCGGAUCCGCCGCCUUCACUUACUCGCUCGUAGCACAAGCAUGUGGGGUGGCAGGCGCUCUCAUUUGCAUCCUCGUUGUCGACCGGGUUGGUCGCCGACCGAUACUCAUUACCGGACAGGCCUUGGCCGCUCUGUUCAAUUUCCUUGUCGCUGGUUACGGGUCGAAACUUCACCCGACUACAGCGCAGGGCAACCUGGUGAUCGCUUCCAUCAUUCUUCUCUUUACCGCCUGCAAGUUCUCAGUCAACACGCUGGCAUUCUUGGCGGUUGCCGAGAUUGGGGGUGUCAAAAUGAGGAAGAAGAUCUUGAGUUUCGCUACCUCGGUCGACGUGCUAUCUGCCUUCAUCGUCACAUUCUGCAUCCCAUACCUCCUAGGCAGCCCUGGGGCGAAUCUCGGUCCCAAGCUCGGCUGGCUUCUUGGAGGCGAUUCGAUCCUCGCGGUUAUAUUCGCCGUCUUUUUCUUCCCCGAGCUAGCCGGCCGGUCUCUCGAGGAGGUGGACGAGCUCUUUGAGGCCCGCCUGUGGGCUUGGCAGUUCAAGUUUUACGAAACCAGUGGCAUUGGUCGUCGGAUUGCUGUGCUUGAGGAACACAACACAAAUGAAGAAAAGGUCAUCAUGGUCGAGCAACUUGAGAAUGUGGACAACAAUAACAAAAUUCCGGAUACGGGGGCUUGAACACGAUUUUCCGACGCGACAUUUCGGGGAAGAUGAG